CUCUGAGGAGUAUGACGCGCGUGUGCUAAAUUUGAAACACGAAAAUAUGGAUCUAUCAAAAUUGUGAUAUUUUAGCUAAAACAAACAAAAACUCUAAAAAAAUUGUAACACAAAUCAGAAAUGUGAAAUUUUUAGUGUUCACAAGAUCUUCGACCGGCAAACAUCGGCGAAGAAAAUUGAUUGUCAGAAUCAGCCAUGCAGGGCGGGGGAGGGGAGACCAGCGCGCCCAAUUUUAAGGUACCCUCUGAUGACUUUCCCAAAGUACACACAAAAUGCAACCAACUCCGUCCACACACCAGUCCACAUGUAUCACCAGAAACGACAGAUCCGUCUACUUCGGGCCUUCAAAAGACGAUCUCGGAAAAGGCCGACAUCAUGAGGAAAACGGAAGAGGAGACCAAGGAUGGGAGCGAUCAGGAAGGCUCGGUCGCAGACUGGGUGACUGGCGGGCCCAUCGGCUCCAAGGCGGCCGUGCUCGUGUUCAGGUCCUGCGUCCUCGCCUCCCGGACGCCAUCAAUGGAUUCGGCGACCAAGAGCGUCGGGAACAACACAGGGACAAACAUCCUCCUGAACAAAGCCAAAAAUAUGGCUAAAAGGCUGGUGUCCGAGCCACACUCCUUCAGUGUCAGACCAAAGAAUAUAAUGCACGACGUGAUGGAGACGUUCGGCACUGGCACCAAGAUGAACGGGCAGGCGUACGUCGUGCGGCACGUGAGCGACAGCGACCUGCCCGAGGCUGUGCCCAUCGAAGAGCAGGGCCACGAGCCGGCACACCACCAGCGCGAUAUCGACGACGUGCUGCACGACCUUAGCAAGAUCACCCUUAAGAAGCAUCUCGACGUUGAGAACACCACCGCCAAUAUUAAGCCACCGGAGGACCCGCCGCCCACAGAUAAUAAAGACGAUAAGAAAAACAAAAAAAAUAAAGGAAAAAGCAAACAAAAACCACCACAAGUCAAACGUUGUAUCUCACCUCAAGAUAGCGAAGAUUCGGAAAAUACUUUAGUGAAAGAAAUAGACAGUGUAAAGGUGCUGGAGAGCAGCAACAUGCCGGCGAGGUUGCUUCAGGCCACCUACAAGCUGGUGAACACGGAGACCAAGCUGCUGCACCGACUGCUGCAGGCACACGGCCUGCAGGAGGCGCCGAACGAAUCCAAGGACUUCAACCUCAUGUGGGCCGGCCUGCAUCCCAAGCCGGACGUCCUGCGCGCGCUCUCGCCCUACCAGAGGGUCAACCACUUCCCGCGGUCGUACGAGCUGACGCGCAAGGACAAGCUGUUCAAGAACAUCGAGAAGAUGCAGUACUUCCGCGGCGUGAAGAACUUCGACUUUAUCCCGACGACGUUCCUGAUGCCCACCGAGUACAAGGAGCUGUGCACGGCGCACUACCGCACCAAGGGGCCCUGGAUCGUAAAGCCCGCCGCCUCCAGCCGCGAAUAG